UCGGUCGAGCCCGCGACGCAGGCGGCGUCCGCGCCCCUACGUGCUAUACACGACUCUGGUGGCUGACGGCAGCUUCAUCUCCUCCUGGGUGAAUUGAUCACUUGAUAAGCAAGGGCCUGUCGAGAACAAUCUCUUUCAUUUCGAGCUGCCGCGAGAUUGUCUGGAGCCUUUCAUGCCCAGUUGCCUGCAUGGCUGUGGAGGGCUUGUGCUUCGGCGGAAGGGAGAGCCCUUGGUGUCCGUGUUGCGUUGCGCUCGGUCGCUUCGCGCGGGUGUCGCUAUGGAUGCGUUUGGGCAAGCUCUCUUCAGUGCUAAUGGCAACACCGCACAGCAGGCUGCUGCAACAGCGCGCAGUGCGCACAUCAACACGGGUCCCGAGUCAUCUUGCCUGAUCUCGUCAUUCUGUGGCCCACCCAGGCGUCUCCUCGGUCGAAACUACCCGCGAUGCGACCCUACGUUCCAUCCGCUUGUCCGCAAGGCCUCUCGCGUGCCCAUAUGCAACUCGACCCCCAUAGCAGGCAAUCCCAGAACUCAUUACACACGCACAAAUGACGGGUAUGAUGACCCCGCGCAACUAAGGAAGCCAGGGGACAGCACGAAGCGGUCGGAAGCGCGAGCCACGACCGCGCCACGGAUCGUCGCUCUCGCAUCUGUCACCCGUGCCCCCCAACCGUCGCCCCGCACGUCAACGUCAAUCCUGCGUCCGCCACGACCCGUUUCAUCUCGACCGGCCAUGCCAUCCGUGCCGCCGGGAUCCUCGGUCGACAUCGCCGCGACCAGCCGUGGGGUCGUAUGUCUCUCGCGUUAUUGUAGGGGAAGUUGACAGAAGAGUACUCCGUUUCUGUGGCGGUUGUAGCCUCGCGGCUUGCGCAGCUA